GUGAGCUCGCCGUCUCAGGCAACCAAGGCCAAUGCUCUCCUUUCCUUCCGUUUCAGAUCACUCGUCGCCGACGAUCCCUAUUCAGACGGUGCCGGUAUCGAAGCUCUCCCAUAGACCGGACAUUGUAAUCCUCCUCGCAAGCUCAUCCAAGCCAGAGACGCGAGACUGCCUGUAUUUAAGGUGACCAACCCCAGCAUCUGUCCGGUUUCGUUGCCUUACCUCCCUGCCACACACCUCGGCUGCAACUGCACAAUCCAAUCCUGCAAUACACAUAAGUGCAUAUCGCUCAACUCAUACGCAAGCAAGCAAGUAGCACACAGCUCUGCACGCAUUCAAUUUCGACAAUGCAGGCAGCCACAACCCUCAGUAAGCGCCUGGCUCUCUCCUCGCAGCUCGGAGCAGGCACAAGCGCGAGAGCCCAGCGCCGAACAACGAACACCUCCGCUUCUCUGAUCGCUAUUGCAGCCGCAGCGCGCCGUUAUCGCCCAUCGUCAUUCAUGAUGCCGACCUCGAAAGGUCCGGCAUCAGCGUCCGCAUCGGCAUCGACGGCAGCGACGUCGCUCCUCAACCUGCGCCCAAAACCGGUGCACUCGAUCACCGCGCCCGUAUCUGCACACCGCAUCACGCACGCGCCGAGCUUCUCUGCGCUCGUCAGCCGCGCCAACAACACCGUCGCGGGGCACGAUUCGCUGACACAAACAAGGCACCGGCAAAACCCACUCCGCCGCGGCGGCGCCGUCGCAGCCUCCGGACAAAGCAGAUCGCAAGCGAGCGCUGCGGGGGCCGUCUGCGCAGCUGUUGUCGCGGCUGCUAUCACUACCGAGCUGCAAUGGUAAACGGCAUCGUUCUGCCAAUGAUGCAUUAUAUCACCACAAAUCACUUAUGUGCAUGUGCUCCGCGUAUCUCCGCAUGUAACAUGGCCAGCAUUAC